AUGCCCUGGCUUGCAGUCCCAUUUUCCGAUACAAAGACACGCAAAAAACUGGACAAGGCGUUUAGUGUCGAUGGGAUACCUCAUCUCGUGUUUUUGGAUUACAGUGGGAAAUUAUUGUCCGAGGAAGGCGUACGAAUAAUUCAAGAAUACGGUUCGGAAGGGUACCCUUUUAACUCCGAAAAGAUAGAGCAGCCCAAGUUACAAGAAUUUGAAGCUAGGAAGAACCAAUCGCUUAAGUCAUUGCUUGCAUACGUGGACCCUCUUCCUUUUGGAGUAAUUCCAAACAACGACCAGAUCGCGACUGAGGAUCGCAGGAGGAAAACUUUGAUCGAUAAGGUUAUCGUGGAGACAAUACAGGAUAUGGAGCAUACCCAAUUGGCUACGAUUCAGGGCCAUCAAGCUUUGCAACAAACACUUCAGGCCAGCAAGCAAGCUCUACUUCAGGGCCAUUUGGGUAUACUUCAGGAUAUCAAGCUCUAUUUCAGGACACGCUUUAAGCUAUCCAGCAGGCCAAUCGAAGGACAACAACAUUACUUCAAGUCAUGA